UGGGCCUUACAAAAUACUGAAACCUCGAGUGCCUAGAAAUUAAUCUCCAAGCCCAAUAUGAUGGGAACGAAACGAACAUUUCCUUCACCGUCUCAAAGGCGCAAUCAGAAACGUAUACAUUGUAGAAUGUGUGUGAAUUCAACUGCUCAUGAACCCUAAUUUGCACCCAAUCUACAAUCUCGUGUUUAUUCGGUAAUUUUCACACUGAUAAAAUGGCCGAUGCUUGGAGGCCUCAUCACCGAAAACUCGACCGCAACCGUUCGUUUCGGUCGUUACUACCAUCGUACCAGACGCUUCUUACUCUCCUGUGGACCGUCGGAUUCGCUUUGAUCUGUCUCUGGCAACGGAGCGCCGUUGAUCGGGUCUUGGCAAUCCGCCGGUGGGCCCCACCGACGAGGCCCAUCCCGAUGCUCCGGCCGGUGGCCUUCAAUCUGACUGAUUUCGGCGGAGUCGGCGAUGGCGUCAUCGUAAAUACGAAGGCAUUCGAGAGGGCAAUAUCGGAACUUGAAAAGAGAGGUGGUGGUCAGCUUAAUGUUCAGCCUGGGUAUUGGCUCACUGCCCCUUUCAAUCUUACGAGCCACAUGACUCUCUUUCUUGCAGAAGAUGCUGUUAUACUUGGAAUUGAUGAUGAGAAGUAUUGGCCGCUGAUGCCUCCUUUGCCAUCUUAUGGACAUGGAAGAGAGUUCCCUGGACCUCGUUAUGGGAGCUUAAUCCAUGGUCAAAAUUUAAAGGAUGUUGUCAUAACAGGCUAUAAUGGUACCAUAAAUGGGCAAGGUCAAACAUGGUGGAAGAAAUAUCGACAAAAGCUACUGAACCACACAAGGGGCCCACUAGUGCAGAUCAUGUGGUCAAGAGACAUUCAGAUUUCUAACAUUACUUUGCGUGAUUCUCCUUUCUGGACGCUCCAUCCCUAUGAUUGCAAGAAUGUCACUAUCAGAAAUGUAACCAUUUUGGCUCCAGUUUCUGGAGCCCCGAACACUGAUGGAAUAGAUCCUGAUUCAUGCGAAAAUAUGGUGAUAGAGGACUGUUAUAUAAGUGUGGGGGAUGAUGGAGUAGCAAUAAAGAGUGGUUGGGAUCAGUAUGGCAUUGCAUAUGGCCGGCCUUCAACUAACAUUAUCAUUCGUAAUCUCAUAGUACGCUCCGUUAUAAGUGCUGGAGUAUCAAUAGGCAGUGAGAUGUCCGGUGGAGUCUCAAACAUCAGUAUUGAGAAUCUCCAUGUAUGGAACUCGAGAAGGGCUGUUCGAAUUAAAACCAGCCCUGGCAGAGGUGGAUAUGUUCGAAAUAUAACCUACCGGAACCUGACAUUGGAAAAUGUUCGAGUGGGGAUUGUGAUAAAAACAGACUACAAUGAACACCCGGAUGAAGGCUUUGACCCCAGAGCCCUUCCGAUUCUAGAGGACAUAAGCUUCAAUGGAGUACAUGGUCAGGGAGUUCGUGUGCCGGUACGUAUCUACGGCAGCCGAGAGAUUCCUGUGAGAAAUGUCACUUUCCGGAACAUGUCAGUGGGAAUCACAUACAAGAAGAAGCACAUCUUCCAAUGCUCCUUUGUUCAAGGCCGUGUGAUUGGUAGCAUUUUCCCUCCCCCAUGUGAAAAUUUUGAUCAGUAUGAUGAACAUGAAAGGCUGAUUAAGCAAUCAACGUCACAGAAUAAUACUGAUAUAGAUUACGAGGUUUGAGAAGGGGAUUCUGAGUUCUGAAAUUGAAGUUCCGCCUUUUCCAUGGCUCGGCCUCUUUGUAAGGAGCUACCAAUUGCUCUUGUACACGUUUAACAAUUAGGAUGCGGACCAGUGGUAGAUGAAUCUGCCACAAAUUUGAGCCUGACCGAAAAAUGAUUGAGGAUGGCUUCUAUCAUGUAUAUUUGCCAGGAGAUGUUUAUUGGUGACAAAAGUGAAGGGGAUUCUGGGACUGCCAUCUCAAGGUAUUAGUACAACACGACUGUUCAAUGUACAUUUGUCCAAGCUUCGCGGUCAUCCAGUGACCCUGUCAAGUGUACGGAAGGUUUGUGGUUCCAUCAUUCUAAGGCUGUUUUCACUCCGUGCAGUGAACUGGUGGUUUUUCCUCAAGGCAUCAUGCUAACAAUGAUGCCCCAGAAGAGGGGAUUAGGGGGAGGGGGUGUUGAUGAUGAUGUGUGGACAAAUAAACAUGAUUACCACCCAUGCUGCCUUCCUUAUUGAGAGAGAGAUGAUGUGUGAAUGUAAUGUAUUUGAAAAGGGAGAGAUGAUUUUUGUUAUAUGUCCUUCCUUUUCUGUGUGAUUAAACAGAAAAUUUAUUUUAACACGGAUCCUUUAUUAUGGUCA